UGGACAGUGAACGCACCACGCCUGUACUUUCAGUAUGGCGGCUCGGACUCACGGAGGAGAACAACUUCUUCCAGGUUCCUUCCACAAGACUGUCGGACGACGACGGCUGUAACGCGCGCCCGCUGCGGAAAACGCGAGCCGGGCUACCGUAGACGACGGGCGGUGUACGUAACGACCUUCGCGGACAUUUCUUCUGGAAUUUAAUCGCCUCGGUGUGAUGCGCCAGGAGCCGCAGUCUAGAAACUCCCGAUUUUUUUUCCGCUCCGCCUGUCAGUUAGCCGGCUAGCUGCGGGCUAGCUCACCUUGAUGCUAACGCUCGGUUGCGGGACUCUUAAAUUUGAAAAAAGCCCGAAAGCUUUCGGGUUUUGCCCGCUUUAUGGGACAGUGAUGGCGCAUCGCGUCCCCCCGGUAAGCGAACUCGUUGAGGAGGGCAGGGAGAGAGGAUAUGAGAACCCAAGUGAUAACUUUGUCGGUACUCAUUAGCCUAGCUUAGCUCGCAGGUCUACUGCUGGCCGUUAGUUAGCGCUUCCCCCUGUCCACUCGCUAGCUUGUUAGCAUUUUAAUGCACAACACUGUUCGUAAGUCUCCUCCUUGUCCCGACUGAGACUUGAGUUUUGUAGCAGUUGUCGAGACCGCGUGGAUGCUUCAUGUUGACCGGUGAUGUUUCGUAACUCAGGAGUUGCUUCUAGCUAGGUUUCAAUCAUUAGCGAUCAGUUAGGUGUUCUGUUUGGGAGGGGAGGGGGGGCAAACGUGACGUUUGUGGGCUCGAUAAGGUUCUCCGUCCCAGGUCAACUGGGUCAUGGAUUCCGACAAACUGUCUGUAACAAACGGAGAGGAGACAACGGACAUCUAACCUUUGAGUGUUUGUCUGGAGUGUAGUGUUCACGUGAGUGUUUGUAUGUGUGCGCGCGCGCUCAUUAGCUCAAAGGCGCGCGCAGAUAUCACCGCGGUUGACGUACAGCUGGGAUAGACAGUGACCUGUUGCUGGUUCGCGGGGGAAAAGAUCCGCGUCUGCAGGCCGCCGCUUCCUCUCCACGGCUCCGUUUGAUGGACGUGAGUGGCUGUUUGCCAGCCCGUCCGAGCUCCACUCAGUCAUGUUGGUCUUGACAUAUGGCACCUUGGGCUGUACAUAGUAUUGGCUGUCAAAUAUAAGUCGUAAUGUAGCUUCAGUGGACAGCCAGCGGAAGGAAUGUCUUGUCUUUUUAUACACGUGGAUUUGUUUUUUUAAUUUAAACCUUUUUUGGAGGGGGUCUUACUUCAAAGUGGUGAAGCUGUGAGACCCAAGUGGACAAUGCAUAUUAGCCAGUGCCUACAGGAAUAAAGGACUCAGCAUUCUGCCUACGUAUAGGCCACCUAUAUUUUGGAUUAUUUGUUAGGGAUUCCCACAACAACCUGCCAACCUGGAUCAAGAAAACCUGUCCGUUGCAUCUGGUUGGAGCAACACUCUAAAGCUAAAAUCAAUGCCUUCAGCGCUGGCUGUGUUCGCCUGCCGACCCAACUCGCACCCAUUCCAGGACCGGCAUGUGUACCUGGAUGAGCCGGUCAAAAUCGGCAGGUCGGUGGCUCGGUGCCGCCCUGCCCAGAACAAUGCCACCUUCGACUGCAAGGUGCUGUCCAGAAAUCAUGCCCUUAUUUGGUUUGACCACAAGACUGGCAAGUUCUACCUGCAGGACACUAAAAGUAGCAACGGGACGUUCGUCAACAGCCAGAGGCUGAGUCGAGGCUCCGAGGAGAGUCCGCCCUGCGAGGUCCUGUCCGGGGACAUCAUUCAGUUCGGUGUGGACGUCACCGAGAACACCCGCAAAGUAACCCAUGGCUGCAUCGUGUCAACCAUCAAACUCUUCCUACCUGAUGGGAUAGAGGCUCGGCGAAGAAGCGACGUCAUCCAGCCUCCAUUACCUCUACCUGUAGACAAGGUUUCGGCCAACACUCCCAGCAUGUACUCUCAGGAACUCUUCCAACUCUCCCAGUAUCUACAGGAGGCCUUACACCGAGAGCAGAUGCUGGAGCAGAAGUUAGCCACGCUGCAGCGUCUGUUAGCCAACACCCAGGAGGCCUCCGAGAGCAGCUGGCAGGCUCUGAUAGAUGAGGACCGUCUGCUUUCCAGACUGGAGGUGAUGGGGAGUCAGCUACAGGCCUACUCCAAGUCCCAGACGGAGGAGGGGAUGCGGAAAGAGCUUUUGGCUCUUCAGGAGGACAAACACAACUAUGAGACGACGGCCAAGGAGUCUCUGAGGAGAGUCCUGCAGGAGAAGAUCGAGGUGGUCAGGAAGCUCUCCGAAGUGGAGCGCUCGCUCAGCAACACGGAAGAUGAGUGCACCCACCUGAAGGAGAUGUCUGAGAGGGGUCAGGAGGAGCUGAGGGAGCUCGCCAAUAAGUACAACGCCGCUGUCAACGAAAUAAAAGAGCUCACCGACAAAAUCAAGGUGGCGGAGGGCCGGCAGGAGGAGCUGACCCAACGAGGAGAGACGGAGAAGAGGGAGCUGGAAAUGAAGAUAGAGGAGAUGGAGGAGAAGGAGCAGGUUCUCCAGGCUCGCAUCGAAGCUCUGCAGGCAGACAACGACUUCACCAACGAGAGACUUGCUGCUCUUCAGGCGCGGUUAGAGCAGCUGCAGGAGAAAAGCGGUAAAGAAAACAACAGUCUGGAGGUGGCCCUCGUCCCUCCCGGAGCUGCAGGGGAGCCCGUGGAAGACCUAGCGGACGAAGACCACGAUGAGCCGGAUACAGACACCGAGGAGGGGGCAGUUCACGAAGAUGAAGAUGUUAUUGACAACUGUCAUGUCAACAACAGCGGAGGAGAAUCCACUAGAAUCCAACAGUUGAUUGAGUGUCAGCCUGUCAGGCAGCUGAAGGACACGGUCAGUUCUUCAAUCCACAAACUGGCCAACUUUGACGAAGUCAUGGACGCCCACCUUCAGAACAACCAGACUGCAGGAGGCGACACACUGAGCAGCCCUGACCGACUCAAAGGGAACCAGGUAGAUGCCAAGGAGUCCGACAUGUCGGACACGCUGAGUCCCAGCAAAGACCGCAGCAGCGACGACACGUCAGACGGAAACAUGGACGACCAGGAACUGAACGAGCCGCGGAACACAGGAGCUCUGCUCAAAGACUCGAGUCCAGCCGGUUUGGAGUCUGCAGACACGGAGCAGGUCAUCCACCACCUCCACAGGGAGCUCCUACAGGCCCAGGAGCUCGCCAACACCGGGAAGCAGAAAUGUCAGGAGCUACAAGCUCUGCUGGAGGAGGAGAGGAGGAGUACGUCAAAGCUGACGGAGGAGUCGACCAAACAGAUCCAGUACCUGCAGACUCAACUGGGAAAGCUGCAGACGGACAUGGAAGCCCUGAGGGAGCAGAGGGAGAGCACCAUCUGCAGCACCAGAGAGGAGCUGUACUCAGCCCAGGAGGAGAUUCUCGUCCUGCGACACGCCAUGGAGACGGCCACAGCGGAGAGAGAGCGCGAGAUCGCCGCCCUGCAGGCAGACCUGGGCGGCGUGCGCUCCGACUUGGAGCACUGGAGGAGCACGGCAGCCAAGUACGAGGCGGAGAUCAAACAUCUGCAGGAGGCCUUCACGCAGCAGCAGCAGCUGCAAAGCAGCGCCAGCCGACUGCAGGCUGACUGUGAGGCGCUGCAGCAGCGGUGUGCGUGUUUGCAGCAGGACUGUGACGGCCUGAGGACGGAGCGCAAGGCUCUGACCGACAAACUGCAGCGCCUGGAGGCCGAGCUGAGCAGUACCAAGGAGCAGAGUCAGGUCCUCAGCAGCAGCCUGGAGUCUCUGGAGAAGAGGGAGGAGGUCCUGCAGGACAAACUCGGCUCUCUGGAAAACCAACACAUGCAGGAUGCAAGCCGGCUCAAGAGCCAGCUGGACCAGGCCCAGGCCCGGACGCACACCCUGCAGAGGGAGUACGAGGAUACUCAGUCCCAGCUGUCGGACCUCCGUCAGCAGUACCAUAAGACGGAGCAGGAGAAGCUGAACAUCCACCAGGAGCUGCAGCAGUGCAGGAGCAGCCUGAAGCUGCUGCAGGACAAGAGCAGCUCUAGCGGCUGGAGCUCCUGGAUGCCGGUCAUCGCAGUGAUGGUCGCCGUGACGGCGGCCGUCCUCUACCCCAGCUUUUCCAAGAGCAGCUCCACCUGAGACCCCCAGAGGCGGAGGAGCUGCGGACGCCAUACAGUGUCGUUGUACAUAUGGGGGGGUGGGGGAGGGGGAGGGGUUUCUGCAAAGGACUUGAUGCUUCUCGGUUUCUUUUUGAGGUUUGUUUUUCCUCUCAGGAGGACUUUGGGCGUCCGUCUCAUUCUGUGAUGGUGGAGGGGUUCUUCUUUCUUUCUCCAGCAGGCGGCGCCAUCGCCUCUCGGCGGGCCGCGCUGGAGCUCACCACGCGAAACGUGCAGCUUUCCAGCAGACGCCUGAAUGUGGCGGGACCGUAGCAUUUCCACUCCCAUUCUCACGUCCCAAAUGUCGUCUUCGGGUUCGUUUGGGUUUUACUGUUUAGCGAUCUGAGCGGCUCGGUCCUGCUGGGUUCUGAAGCGGAUCAAGCAGAACCGGCUGCUGCAGGAGUCUGCGUCUCCACCUGGGUCAGGUUCCAGAUCUGAGAUUAGACUCUGGGUUUAUUAUUUUCAUUUGUUUGGGGGAACAAAAGCAGCUGAACACGUGACCGUCAGGCGCCGGAAACGCUAAAACACACACGGAUCCAGAACUCGGUCCGAAACGCCGAUCCUCCACGUUCAGACCUAAGAGGAUUCUCACCCGUCUCCUGUUGCAAAAGCGGUUCUGCUCCGGACAAACGCAGCGAGGAGCAGGACGGGUCCAAAGAGCUUCACCUCCCCUUUAACAGAACGCUGGGUCGGUUCCGAUCCGUGUGUCCUAACUGUAAAUACACAGACGCGGCGUCUCCAAGCACAGAACCUCUCCGUUCUUUGAAGGCUGCAGGCGGAGAACCUCCCGUCUGUCGGCCCUUUUUUAACCACUGAUCGUCGGGGGGCGGGGCGUCGGCCUCUAACGGCGUGUUUGUUCACAGCGUUGCUCAUCGUUGAUGUUCUCCGUCUCGUCUCCGUGUUCAGAAAUAUUAAUUCUAGACGGCGGGACGCGGAUCCUGGCGUCCACAGAGAAAAACACUACAGAGAAUCGAACCAUGAACGUGUUCGGAUGACGUGAAACUAGACUUAUUUUGUUAAAGCGUGUAGAGAUGCAGGACGACAGGCGGCGUGUUGAAGAUGUGUGGAUUAAAGUUGUAGCAAAGCUGA